GCCAGGGACCCGACGCGUUUUCGCUUCAUUUCGCCCUCAAUGGAGGGACGGACAGUCCCAUCCUUACUGCUGUCCAAUUAGUUUAGGAAAACGGCUCAACGCACCACCGCCGAAAUGAAGUAUAAGAAUCUCAUGGCGAGGGCCUUAUAUGACAACGUGCCCGAGUGUGCGGAGGAGCUGGCCUUUCGCAAAGGAGACAUCCUGACGGUGAUCGAGCAGAACACAGGAGGACUGGAAGGCUGGUGGCUCUGCUCCUUGCAUGGCCGGCAAGGCAUCGUCCCAGGCAACCGCGUGAAGCUGCUCAUUGGUCCCGUGCAAGAGAUCCCUCCUGAGCACGACCAGGCUCCCUCUGGACUGCUACCCCAGGCUUUUGGUCAACAGACACUCUACCAGGUGCCAAACCCACAGGCUUCUCCUCGGGACACCAUCUACCAAGUGCCACCUUCCUAUCAAAACCAAGGAAUUUACCAAGUCCCUACUGGCCAUGGUACUCUGGAACAAGAUGUGUACCAAGUGCCACCAUCAGUGCAGAGGAGCAUUGGGGGAACCAAUGGUCCCCAUUCAAAUAAAAAGGUGAUAACUCCAGUGAGGACGGGCCAUGGCUACGUGUACGAGUACCCAUCCCGGUACCCCAAGGACACCUAUGACAUCCCUCCCUCCCACACCGCUCAGGGGGUGUACGACAUCCCUCCCUCGUCCGUGAAGGUCCCCAUGUUUUCCGUUCCGGUGGGAGAGAUAAAAGCUCAAGGGGUUUAUGAUAUUCCUCCCGCUAAAGGGAUGUACGCCAGCCCGCCGUCUGCUUGUCACGACGAAGCCGGGCUUCGAGGGAAAGAGUAUGAUUUUCCGCCACCAGUGAGACCGGGUAGAAGGCCCGAUGUCAGGCCAGAGGGCGUUUACGACAUCCCUCCAGCCGGCACCAAGCCAGCAGGGAAGGACCUUGCCGUAAAAUACAACGGUGACACUCCAGGAGUCGCUGAGCUGGUGGCCCGAAGACAUCAGAGCAUAUCCCAGAGUCAGGCGCCCCCACCGCCAGGACAGCCAGGGGGCCCCCUGAACGACGCAUAUGACAUUCCCCGGGGAGUUCAGUUUCUGGACCCCCCAGCCGAAUCCAGUGAGAAGGCGAAUCCUGCAGAAAGGGAUGGGGUUUAUGAUGUCCCUCUGCAUCACCCGCCAGACACGAAAGUGCCUCAGGACGUGGUGGAUGGAAUGAAUCGGCUGUCUUUCUCCAGUACCGGCAGUACCAGGAGUAACAUGUCCACAUCUUCCACCACUUCCAAGGAGUCCUCGCUGUCAGCCUCUCCGUCUCAGGAGAAAAGGCUCCUCCUGGACCCAGACAUGGCCAUUGAGAGGCUCCACCGGCUCCAGCAGAGCCUGGAGAUGGGCGUCUGCACCCUCAUGGCACUGGUCACCACCGACUGGCGGUGUUACGGAUACAUGGAGAGGCACAUCAACGAGAUACGCAUGGCAGUGGAAAAGGUGGAGCUGUUCCUGAGGGAGUACCUCCUUUUUGCCAAGGGGGCUCUAGCGAAUGCCUCCUGCCUCCCUGACCUCCUCCUGCACACCAAAAUGAAGCGGGAGCUCCAGAGAGUGGAAGACUCCCACCAGAUCCUCAGCCAAACCAGCCAUGACUUAAAUGAGUGCAGCUGGUCCCUGAACACCCUGGCCCUCAACAAGCCCCCAAACAAGUGCGAUGACCUGGACAGGUUUGUGAUGGUGGCCAAGACCCUGCCCGACGAUGCCAAGCAGCUCACCACGACCAUCAACACCAAUGCAGAGGCCGUCUUCAGACCAGGCCCGGGCAGCUUGCAGCAGAAGAAUGGGCCCGAGAGCAUCACACACUCACCGGAGUACGCACCCAGUGGCACGGCGCAGGCCCACAGCAAGGCAUUGCCUGCAAGCCUGGCCAAGGACCAGCCCCCUGACUGUGGCAGCAGCGAUGGCUCGGAGAAGAGCUGGAUGGAUGACUAUGAUUAUGUCCACCUACAGGGUAAGGAGGAGUUUGAGAGGCAACAGAAAGAGCUGUUGGAAAAAGAAAACAUCAUCAAACAGAACAAGGCGCAGCUGGAACAUCAUCAGCUAAGUCAGUUCCAGCUGCUGGAGCAGGAAAUCACCAAGCCCGUGGAGAAUGACAUCUCCAAGUGGAAGCCUUCCAAGAGCCUGCCAGCGCCGAGCAGCGGCGUGGGCGCGCCCGAUCGGCAGCUGCUCUGCUUCUACUACGACCAGUGCGAGACCCAUUACAUCUCCCUGCUCAACGCCAUCGACGCCCUCUUCAGCUGCGUCAGCUCGGCGCAGCCCCCGCGGAUCUUCGUGGCCCACAGCAAGUUCGUCAUCCUCAGCGCGCACAAACUGGUCUUCAUCGGAGACACGCUCACCAGGCAGCUGGCGGCCCCGGACAUCCGCCACAAAGUCAUGAACUCCAGCAACCAGCUGUGCGAACAGCUCAAGACGAUCGUCCUGGCCACCAAGACGGCCGCCCUCCAUUACCCCAGCACGACGGCGCUGCAGGAGAUGGUGCAUCAGGUGACAGACCUGUCCCGGAACGCGCAGCUCUUCAAGCGCUCCUUGCUGGAGAUGGCCACGUUCUAGCGGGACAGCAGCCGGCUGAGGGCUUGGGCGCAAAACUGGAAAUACUCUCUGGUUUUUGUAAAGGCUAUCUAUUUUUGUAGAUGUUUUAUAUGAAAUAUUUUAAAUACAUUUUAUGGAUGAGACCACAUUCAGGGAGAUGGAAGACGGAAUUUUUUUUCCUGUUGGGUUCCUGUGUAUACAUCUAAGGUAUAAACUGUACAGAAACGUAUCCGUGUGCCUUUGUAUGCCUGUGUAUUCGUGUUUGUAGAUGUUUUUCUCAUACAUUCCAUUAAAAAAAAACAUGAAUUAAGAAGCACCUUA